AUGGCUCCCUAUCUCAUGACUGAUAAUCUACUAACCUCCAAUGGGGGAAUAGUGUUACCUGCGGAUAUAUGCCUGCGCAUUGUAGACCUGGUAAUUCAUGACGCGCCUAAAAACGCCGCCAUAUUACUCAAGCUCUCGCGUUCUUUCCAAAAGCUCAUCAAAACGUAUGAGCGAGCACUCACCAAGAACGCCGUCAAGCUUUACGACAACUCUCAAGUGAACCAACGUAUCUGUCGGAUCGCGAGAAGCCGUCCCAAACAUAGUGGUUUUGCUCCAAACUUCUACCUCAACCAUACGUUCGCCUGGCUAUUAGAGGUACAAACGCGAGCGGGGAUGACGCAAGAGAUCAUCCAGGACAAAUUCUCUCAAUGCCUAACCUCCAACAUCUACUGGGCCGGCGGAGUAGGCUUCGACCCUCCCACUCUCCCAAUUCCUCGCAUAGAACUCGAAUUACGAGUCGCGAAAUUCAAAGAGGAAGCCAUUAAGUUGCUGUACGAACUUUUCGACGCCACAAACGGCAUCAAGAACGAGUGGCGUGCUCGCACCCGACAAAUCGACCACCUGGUCCAACUCAGCACACCCGAACUUGCCAUCCUCUGCAUCUUCAUCCCCAUCUUGGGGUUCAACUAUCUCGAGAAAUUACGCGAUAACACGAUACCAUCCCGUAAAGCAGUAAUUGUCUUCCAACAUAAUCUCAUUCGCUAUGGACCUAUUAUUGCCUGGCUACAGGUUUGUCCGUUGAUUAAAUGUAAUCGGGUUACGCUGGGUGGCUCGAUGGUAUUAUAUGAUUGGUUUAGGGAGAAGCAGGAGGAGGGGGGCAGGAAAUUAGACGCAUUUGAGAGGGGAGGGACGACGGAGGCGAGGAUGAUUUUGGUGUUGUGGCGGAUUUUUCAGGGGAGGAGGGAGGUGAGGAAGGUUUGGUCGCCGCGGACGGGGGAGGGGUUGUGGAAAGUUGCGAGGAGGAUGGUGGAGGGGAGGAUGGAGGGAUAUGUUGUUGUUUGA